GUACUUAUGUGGAGUGAGAGCAUUAUGUAUUUAAUGCAUCAAUUCCCAGAGUAACGUUAAUUGGGUAUUUUACUAUUUAUAGGGUGGGUUCGAGGUCGAAGAUGGAUGAAAGGAGACGAGCAACGCUUACCAAAACCUUGUACUGAUAGUCUUGUUAAAUAUCAGAAAUAGUUGUCAUUGACUCAAGUCUUAUUUUCUCCAUACACCGUCCGUGUUUGUAAUGUGUGAAGCUAGUUCACGCUAGAUAGCUAUACCGAACGUCGAGUCUUUCCCCUCAUCCCGUAGCCAAAUUUACGGACCUAAAUUCUGUCAUAUUGGAGCAGGGCUAGGCAGCUAGCCUAGCCAUCAAUUGAAUCUGGAGCAGGAUACAGAGGAUAGUAUGGCCAUGACGGGAGGGACUGCAGCUGCCCUUCCCAUGAGCAACCACACCCGGGAGAGGGUGACCGUGGCCAAGCUGACAGUGGAGAACUUCUACAGCACUCUGCUGACACAACACGAGGAGCGAGAGACAAGGCAGAAGAAGCUGGAGAAAGUCAUGGAUGACGAAGGCUUGAUAGAUGAAGAGAAGGUAAUGCGACGCUCCCAGCACGCCAGGAAGGAGACAGAGUUCCUGCGGCUGAAGAGGACCCGGCUGGGCCUGGAUGACUUUGAGUCACUAAAGGUCAUUGGUCGAGGCGCCUUUGGAGAGGUCCGCUUGGUCCAGAAAAAAGACACCGGGCACAUAUAUGCCAUGAAGAUCUUGAGGAAAGCUGACAUGUUAGAGAAGGAGCAGGUGGCUCAUAUUCGGGCAGAGAGGGACAUCUUGGUGGAGGCGGACGGGGCCUGGGUGGUUAAGAUGUUCUACAGUUUCCAGGAUAAGAGGAACCUCUACCUCAUCAUGGAGUUUCUACCUGGAGGUGACAUGAUGACCCUGCUGAUGAAAAAGGACACCCUGUCUGAAGAGGCUACCCAGUUCUACAUAGCUGAGACCGUCCUGGCCAUCGACUCUAUCCACCAGCUGGGCUUCAUCCACAGAGACAUCAAACCUGAUAACCUGCUUUUGGACUCCAGGGGCCAUGUAAAGCUGUCUGAUUUUGGUCUGUGUACGGGACUGAAGAAAGCCCACCGUACAGAGUUCUACAGGAACCUCACACACAACCCUCCCAGUGACUUCUCCUUCCAAAACAUGAACUCAAAGAGAAAAGCAGAGACAUGGAAGAAGAACCGGAGGCAACUGGCCUACUCCACAGUGGGAACACCGGACUACAUUGCCCCAGAGGUGUUCCUGCAGACGGGAUACAACAAGCUCUGUGACUGGUGGUCUUUGGGGGUCAUCAUGUAUGAGAUGCUGAUAGGGUACCCCCCGUUCUGUUCUGAAACACCCCAGGAGACAUAUAGGAAGGUGAUGAAUUGGAAGGAGACCUUGGUCUUCCCCCCCGAAGUGCCCAUCUCAGAGCGGGCCAAGGACUUGAUUCUCAGGUACUGUAAUGACGCUGAGAACCGUGUUGGUGCUGUGAGCAUUGAGGAGAUGAAGAGUCACGCCUUCUUUGAGCCUGUGGACUGGGAACACAUCAGGGAAAGACCAGCCGCCAUCUCCAUUGAGAUCAAGAGCAUUGAUGACACAUCAAACUUUGAUGAGUUCCCAGAAUCGGACAUCCUUCAGCCAGUUUCCAACGUGACAGAACCAGACAAAUCGAAGGACUGGGUGUUCCUGAACUACACCUACAAGAGGUUUGAGGGGCUGACUCAGCGAGGCACCAUCCCCACAUACAUGAAGGCAGGGAAGGCCUGAGAUGAGGGAAAAUGGGAGAGACAAUGUGGACACAGGGUUGGGCGGUAAAACCCCUGCUUUGCUGAAAGCGCAGGAUCAAGAAUGAUAAGGUUCUUGGUUUCAUGCUUCACUGGGGUUUUCCUGUUUGGUCACAGAUCCAUUGGGGCACCAAUGGCAAGAGGAACAGGGAUAUAAAUAAUACAUGUAUCGUCUUAGGCCUUGCUUGGGCUGUUAAUGGGGAAGUUUGUUUUACAACUUAAUGUUCGAUGGUCACUCAACCUGAGAACUGAACUUCCCCUUUUGAAAUGACUACUACUAGGUGACUAAAUCAAUGGGCAUGUUCCUCUGCCCAGGCGUUGCUGAAGUGUGCCAGAUCUUACAACACUUGGAUAGGUAUUUUACCUAUUGGCUAACCACAUGUGAUAGCAAUCUGGUGCCCGACAGCGUAGUCGAUGACGAGAUAUGCAACGUUUGAGCAGGGGAUCGCGACCAUCAUAUCUGCAUGUUUACACACUGAUUUGCAGGGUCUAAAACACUGUAGAAGGACUGCCCCACACACAGGGUAUUCGUUGAGGGUUAUCCUAGUGUCCUCAUAUGACUGAAGAAAAAUGCAUAUAGUUAAUAUAAAGUAAACGUUUUCUAAACUUGUAGGUAUAUGGGUGCCAUGUUAGCCAAAAAGUUUCAUUCUAGUUACAAUGUAAUCCUUCCGUCAUGGAACGUUCGCUGCUAACAUGGAGUAUGGUGAGCCAUCCAUACAUGGAUUAAUCCCAGAGCCAUAGAUACAUUGUGGUGUCUAUUUAAUGCCUUGAUAAUCUGGAAUUAAUAUCUCUAAAUUAUUUAAUGGUGUCAAAGAUGCAUAGAAAAGUGUCUUCUAGUGGUUGAAGUAAGAAAUGGUAAUGUAGAAUCAGAUUCGUUUUUGCAAGUUAGAGGACGAGUCAUGGAUGUCAAGGACAAUUCAAGGCUACUAAUACUUAAAGGUAGCAAUAUGAUGCAGAAAUAUGGCAUAUUGGGUCAAUUUCCACAACAACUAAGAGUGUUGAAGCGUGAUACUCAACUUCUCUGCUUUUUUGGUCUCGUGGCUACCAGGCUGUAUACGGUAUGAAGCGCAGAUGCUGUGUGUGUGACUGCGGGGGAGCAUUGUCUUGCAUCUCGCUCAUAUAAAUAUCUGCGGUGCUGCUCGUGGCAAUGUCAUUUCGCUUAGUCUAAUUUUACAGUAAUUACAUUUCUGUUCAAAUUUAUUGACAAAGAUGGCGCCUUUUUAAAAUAAUUUUUAAGAACAUCGGAAAUCAUGUUUGAUCUUCACAUUGCUCCCCAAAAUGCAUCCAUUUUAAGUUAGGAACUACAUUUAAUUAAAUGUACCUUUUUAUAGUCACCCUUUAGUGAACACACGCUGUGUGUGAUGUCAUAAAUAUAGAUAUUCAAAUUUAGGAGUCAAACAUUUCAGCGAUUCUGAUUUAGUUGUGCAGAGGUGGUCGGCACAACUUGCAUAUCCAAUAAACCAAAUUCAUGUAAUGUUGCCCUGGCUAUCUGGCACAGGUCAAAGUUCAAAUGCUAUGUGAUCUGGAGCAGGUGUAAAUUCAAUGGAUCAAAUUAUUUAUUUUGACAAUGAACAAAUUGAUAAAUCCCCAAAUGUUUGCAGUAGUAAACACACCACAAAUUAGGGUGCAUCGUGUGUUAAUGACGAAUGAAAGUGUUGAUGACUAAAACGAAAUGCCUAAAAUAUAGCAAUGCAGAAAGAUACCCAUAGACUUCCAGUUAUUGCGCUAACGCUAGUUAGCAUUAACUUGCGAAACUACCUCUAAGUACUGUCAUACUGGACACAGACUUAAAAGGGUAACCAGGACUUAAAGGGCCUCAUUUCCAAAAUCCUAAAGUAUCCCUUUAACUUGUAAAUGAUUCAAGAAGGGAAAUAAAAACAUUGUUUAUGUAACUCUUCUCUAACCUACUUUUCAUAAGUUGACUCAAAUUCAUUAUUUGAUGCAUUUGUUCAUUCUGAACUCAAUUUGUCUUUCGCCAGAACAUGUUACAAAAUAUAUUAAAGGGAUAGUUCACCCAAAUGACAAAAUUACACAUUGGUUUCUAUCCUUUAAGCAAUCUAUGCUUUGUUACCAAAUGUUAAUGUUUUAGCAUUUGUGGCACAAAUACUUGUCAUUUGGGUGAACUAUCCCUUUAAUAUAACUGGGUUGGCACUGGGAGAGAGCAGGGAGGGGUUGUGCAUGUGUGGUAGGGGAUUGGACAAAAUGCUGAUAAGUUUCCAUCCAAUUAGUGACCGAUUUUCAUACGAAUAUUCUAAAAUCUGUAUAAAAACAAUGUGUAUUUUCCUACCAGAAAGAUUUAAAUAAAAUUGACUUGUUGCGGAUAAAAGUCUGUGCGUGAUGACGCAGUGCACAUACAAAAACUUUUGCGGUUGAAUUCCAAUGUACCGAAUAAAAAAGACAAGCUAGAUGGGUUUCUAUCGCAUUUAACUCUACUGAUGGUUUUGUCAGAACAAAUGUUGCGUUAUAUAGUCAAUGUGCCCACUCUGGUAUUAGCACGUGCGCUGUAGCCAACAGCUCGUAUAUACGUGCGGGAAGUCUACCUACAUGAUGAGAUUAUUGGGUAAAUGUUUAAUUGUUUUAUUUAACUAGGCAAGUCAGUUAAGAACAAAUUCUUAUUUACAAUGGCGAUCUACCGGGGAACGGGGUUAACUGCCUUGUUGAGGGGCGGAAAGACAUAUUUUUACCUUGUCAACUCAGGGAUUCGAUCCAGCAACCUUUUUGUGUGAAAAGGCAGCCAAGCAUCGAUCAUGUCACCAGAAUAAGACCAUCGUUGUUUAUUGGAAAGGAGCAUCAAGCUCAUCACUGUUCACUUUCACUACAGGUGAAAUUCAUCCUAAUUUAUUUAAUCUGCAGUGUAAUAAACUGCAUGUUUUCCCUAACACACAAUAUCGCGUAACUCCCAAGUUUACUUCGAUAUGUUUAUAGCAAUACAUGCCCGUAAAGGAGUUUCCACAAAAUUAAUUAUGCUAUACAAUGUUGAUCUGCACAAAUAUUGCACCUUGUCUACCGUAUUUUGUUUUGUCGACAUUUGGAAAGUGUACCGACAAGCGUCGUCCCAUUUUUUUUUUGUGUGGGGGGUGGAAACCUGGAUCGUUUCAUUAUUUUCCCCACAAAAAAAUCCUAUGUGCUAAUGUUUUAAUGACGCCUGUUUCCUUUUCCUGGGAAGGAGAUCGGAAGAUGAUUUCCUUGGAUGGAAGAAUUGAUAUAAAUCAGUUGUUCAACUGUCUUUCACAGCAGUAUAUGAGCUAGUAUAUGAGGGUGAGCUCUUGCGUGGAGCCCCAGAUCGAGGGAGAUUAUCAGUGGUCUUGUAUGUCUUCCAUUUCCUAAUAAUUGCUCCCACAGUUGAUUUCUUCAAUCCAAGCUGCUUACCUAUUGCAGAUUGUCUUCCCAGCCUGGUGCAGGUCUACAAUUUUGUUUCUGGUGUCCUUUGGCAGCUCUUUGGUCUUGGCCAUAGUGGAGUUUGGAGUGUGACUGUUUGAACUUAUCAGUAUAAAAGACACCUGUCCACAACCUCAAACAGGUGCCAUUAAUACAGGUAACGAGUGGAGGACAGAGGAGCCUCAGAGAAGUUACAGGUCUGAGAGCCAGAAAUCUUGCUUGUUUGUAGGUGACCAAAUACUUAUUUUCCACCAUAAUUUGCAAAUAAAUUCAUUAAAAAUCCUACA